UCACAUCUAUUUUUGUGCAACUCUCUUUCUAAAGCUUCUCUCUGACAAUGGGAACCAUAGAGAAGAGUGUUUCUCAAGUAAACUUAACCUCCUCCGCCAUCUUCACCGUGUCUUCCUCCUAUCCCGCCGCCUCGUUUUCCUCAUCUACAACAUCUUCUUCUUCUUCUUCAUCAACAACUUAUAACUCUAAAAGAAAAGCAUCUCCAAGAUCAUCAGAAAUUCUAGAAGAUGAUGGUAACGUCGUGAAACGGCGGAAGAUCAGCGGUGGAGAUAAGCAUCCGAACUAUAGAGGAGUACGGAUGAGGAGUUGGGGGAAAUGGGUGUCCGAGAUCAGAGAGCCGCGGAAGAAAUCAAGAAUCUGGCUCGGAACUUAUCCAACGGCUGAGAUGGCAGCUCGAGCUCAUGAUGUAGCAUCUUUAGCUAUUAAAGGUACAACGGCUCAUCUCAAUUUUCCUGAAUCAUCCGGCGAGCUUCCUCGUCCGGUCACAAGUUCUCCUAAAGAUAUUCAAGCGGCUGCAACCGCCGCCGCCGUGAAUUGGCAAGAUUCCGGCGCAAAUAGCCUCCGGAUGAAUAAUUCUGAUGUAGCUGAAUUAGCUGAAACCGAGCCGAGUCGAGUAGUGAUGGCUCAGGCGUUGUCAGGUAGUGUGGUGUCUUCUUCGGACAUUAACACUCGAGAUUUGUCGAAAAUUUCAUGUUCUUCGACGACGUCGUUUGCGGAUAAAGACAAGGAGGAAGAGAAGCUGUUUGAUUUGCCGGAUUUGUUUAGCGAUGAAAUGAUCAUACGAAACGAUGCGUUUUGCUAUUACUCGUCCGCGUGGCAGCUAUGUGGAGCUGAUCAUGGGUUCCGGCUUGAAGAGCCGUUUUUCUGUCUCAAUGACUCAAUCACACUCCAGCUCACUAACACCUAAUUAAUUUGCCUACUCUUUCUUCUUCCUUUUUCAGUUUCUAUAUUUACGUUUUUUAUUUCUUCAAUUUCAGCGUCAGUUAUUUUUCUGCAAAGAAACGGUAACAUUUUGAUUUUUUUUUUCUUUUUGGCAGAAAAGCGUGUUUGAUGAAUGGUUGUGUAAUAUAAAUGAGAGAUUGAUCCACACAGAUAUUGGCUUUUACAUUUUUA